AUGACUGGCUCCGAAGCUCAACGCGCCUUUCUCGUUGAAGCGUUUGCGCAUGCUCAGACCCUCGCAAAUAUGGGCCUGAGCAAUAUGGCCGAGGGCCAAAGCGCCGAUGCGACCCAAGCAUUCGAGUGGUUGUAUGGCACCACAGAUGUGCCUAUGAUGCGAGCGGCUGCGAGAUUGUCCCUCGAAGGCAUAUCCCAGAAUGCGAGCCCCGUCCAGGGCGAACCGCAAGGAGGUGACUUCGAAACUGCUGAUGUUCGAGUCUAUUGCACACAUGAUCGCCUGCGAGAGGGAACCGCCCGGGCCGGUGGCGAAACAAGAUUCUUUGAUACAGUGACAAAGGAGUUUCUCAGGGCCAAGUUUGACUGCACUCGUGCCAUGGCCUGGACAAUCGUGCCCGCCGAGGAUCAGUACCCAGAUACCCUACAGUUCUGCCCUUGGUUCCUCGACUAUGCCAUGAAACAGACCGCCCAGUUCCAAGGCCAGUUUAAGCCUGGUAAAAUUGGUAGCAUGAUUUCGAAGCUGAAGCUGGACAGGCUCACGACUUGGGCCUUGUAUACUCCUAUUGAUUUGUUCCAGCUUUUCGACAAGGUCAUAGUUCAUGAGCUAGCACAUACGCGACGAGGCAGAGAAAUGGAUGAUGUUGGAGGGUUUUCGGGCUAUGGAUGGAAGAACUGUCGCGCGCUAUCUACCCAACGUGGGGAGACAUCGCCGCACACAAACGCUGAUAGUCUCGCUCUCUAUGCUUCCAUCUCUGCACUGAUAAGGGACGGUGGCAUGGUUCGUGAGGAUGGUACAUUUGCCAAAGGCCCUGGGGGCGCCGGCGGUGCUGAUGAAGGCAAUGAAGGCGAAGCAGUGACGAAGAGUGGUGCUGAGAUCCCGGACGAGAACAAUGAGCCCGAGCCGUUCCUGGAGCCUCUCGCUGUGAGGAGACAGGUCUUGCAGUUCAAUCCCUCGAGCCUGAAGGGACGACCGCUGUUUUGA